AUGGCAGCCCUACCAGACCUACCGGCAAACUAUGCAGCAGCCUUGAAACUCAUAGACGAGGCCCACGCCGACGACCCCAAGACCAUCCCGAGCGCGGAUGGGGACGGCACGAUACCGUACGAGCUGCACUACGCGCAGAAAAUGACGCGCUGGCUCGCCCUGCGAUGGCCAGAUGCGUCGUCGACGUUGCAGCUUGCGUGUCGAGCUCAACACUUCAGGAGAUGGGAAAUCCCACGCAACACAUUCCCCAUGACGCGCCCGGGCUACCUAACCUGGCGCGCAAAGCAAAAAGCGCAAGCAGCCUCAGAAAUCAGCACCCUCCUCUCGCCCUCCCCUUCCUCCUCCUCCUCCUUCGCCAUCAGCCCGCCCAUCCCAGCAGACGCCAUCGAGCGCAUCGCGUUCCUGAUCCGCAAGGAGAACCUCAAGGCGGACGAGGAGACGCAGGUGCUCGAGGACGUGGCGUGUCUCGUGUUCCUCGACGACCAGCUCGACGACUUCGAGCAGAAGGAGGACAUCGACGAGGACAAAAUCGUCGGCAUCCUGCGCAAGACUUGGGUUAAGAUGAGUGAUGUGGGCCAGGGGCUUGCGCUGGAGAUGCGGAUGAGUGAGAGGGCGAAGGCGCUUAUUGGGAAGGCUUUGGCGGGUUGA